UGCGCGUUCAUUGACAUCCAAGUCUCUUACCUGCUGCUGCCACCCGUGCCUGUGUAUGUGGAUCUACAGUCCAGGUACUAGUAUUGAGUGAAAUGCCUACUGCAUUCUACCUGCGAAAAUAGCUUUACAUUGCUUGCCCCUCGCUUUAUUUAGAUCUCUACAUAGCUAUCAUGUGGAGAUUUUUUACACACAGGUUUCUUCUCAACUGAAUUAUCUCAUUGAUUGAUGUGCAAAAAUACAUGUAGCACUGGAUCGAGGAUGUCAACUACAGCAUGUGGGUGACGGAUGAGGAGUGCUGCCCUGCAAUUGCAGUGUAUAUCUGCCACCCUCGAAAGGGAUAACGAUUCUGUUGGAAGGCCCAGCAUUGCUGCUUGCACACAGCAGCAGCAGCAGCGUGUCCGCGUUCAUUCAGAUGCAAGGGAGUAAGAGUAACUGAAUGAAUAUUUACCAGCAUCCGAGGGGAACCGGGAGGAGGCAGGCACAACAUCUAACAUCAUCAUCCACAAGUGCCGCCUGGAGGAGGCGACCCUGUACCUGCGGAUCUACAAUCCAGUGUAUAUCUGCCACCAUCAAAGGGAUCACGCUUAUGUUGGAAGGCCCAGCAUUGCCGUUGCACAAGGCGUAGUUGUAUGCCACCGGUCACGCGGCCUUGGAGACCUGCGAGAAGUUGGUGGGCAUGCACGCUGACUGGCCUCGUCUUCAAGGAAGAUUAUUCUCGGAGUUGUCGGCCUGCACUCUGCUUGUGUGCUGUAGUGGGCACUGCAAAACUUGCUCGCUGACUGGUCUCCUCUUCAAGGAAGGAAGACAGUCUGGGAUGAAUCUUCGCUGGUGGCAGCGGUGGCCUUCUCUUCCUCUGCAUGUUUUAGUUUGGAAGCCUGGGAGCAUACGAGGAGGUUGCCUGAUGCACGAGUCAGGUUUGGAAGCCGACAAGUCACUGUUCAUGAAACCGAAAAUUGAAUGUUGGGGUUGUAUUGGACUACAGACUGGGAUGAAUCUUCGCUAGUGGCAGCGGUGGCCUUCUUUUCCUCUGCAUGGUUUAGGUGAGCUUCUGCUUCUUCCCACCUAUCCUGUGCGUGCAAUGUGAUACCAUGGCUUUUGAGCCCAAGAUCUGGGACUGGUCUUUGAGAGAAUGCAAGUACUCAUUAAUAUGAUGUGGUGGCUUGGGUGCCCUUUGUAGUUAUUAUCUUCUGAAACCUAGUUGUCUCAGUACUUGAUGCAUGGCAGGUUUCUUCUUAUGGCUAAUUUGGCUUUACCAUAGACAUGAUUCAGCUCAUAAUUUAAGCCACCGUUUUCCGAAUUGUUAAGCAUGCUAAUUUCGUAUUUUCAAACAGAACAUUACUGGAGAAUAUUAUCAGUUAUUCGUUCUUAUUUUAAUGUUAUUGUGUCAUUAAAGUGUAUAGUAGAGAGUCGAAGGCAGUGAUGGUAGAGAAGGACAACACUGUUUUUGUCAUACAAGCUCUUAUCCAUGUCGUGUACUCCCUCCGAUCCAUAUUACUUGGCACAUGAAAGAUAGUCAUGUGAACAUUGAUUUGAUUGUCCUGCUAAAAGCAUGCAUGCUUUAUGUUAAACUAAAGGCAGUAUUAUUGAUAUGAAAUGUUGUCUUGGUGGUUAUAGUCAGAGCUAUUUUUCCAGCAAAAAAACUAUAGUCAGAGCUAUUUUAAUGUCUACUCAGGUUUCUUAUUUCGAAUGUACUUGUAAUUUGCAAUGGCUACUACAUUUCCU